GUUUCCUCCCCUUCAUGAGCCUCUUUUUUCCUCCUCCUACUCUCUCCCUGCCUCUCCCACCUUUCUCCCUUCCAAUCUCUGUCUUCCCCCAGUUAGUCAGAAAGGUGUGCUGAUCAGUGCUGCAGAAGUUUUGUUUCUUUCUCUGUCAAAAUGUCUUGGACUCGAGCACUCAUCCUGUUCUUGCUCUCCACCCUCUUCAUCCUCACCUGUUCCAGGACGGUGAAAAGUGCAGCUGUGAGGGAUGACUCCAAACCAGUUGAUUCUAAAGAUGCUGCUCGCCAGGUGUUUAUGCCCGCAUCAGACGCCUCAAAAUUCAUCAAACGUCGCAGUCGCCGUUCAACAAGCUACUACGCUGAGCUCCAAGCUGAGCAGAGAGUGAAAAGAGCAGACAGCCUACGAAGGAGAGAGCUUAAUGAAGAGCGAAGGAACAAGUAUGAGAACUACCUCGAGGAGGAUCGUGAUGAAGUAAAUGAGAGGUCGAGGGAGACGGGUGAGCAGUGGCGAGAGUACCACUACGACGGGCUCUAUCCUCGAUUUUACUGGUUUCACUGAGAUCCACCAAGAGCCGGACUAAAGCACUUCUCAUUAUACCACAAAACUAACUUUACCUAUUAAACAGUUUGAGAGCAAGUGCUCAAUUUAUCCAUGUAUUUGUACCAACAAGGUAUCUCCUAGCUACGUUAUAUAAACAUUUUUACUGAGUAACGUGGCACACUGCAGAGUAUUGUGCAGUUCUAGAUAGUAGGCUUAAUGUUUUGCAUGAUUAUCUGUACAUUGAAGUGAAUUCAUGUCAUGAUUUUUGCACUGUAUUAGCAGAAACAGAACAUUUGCCUACACAGGGUUGUGCUGGUUUAGUUUUUGCAGAUCUGUUUAAAUGAAGAAAAAAUAAAGAUCAGUUUCCAUUCCUUUAA